AUCGUGCCUUACGUACGCCGUACUCACCUUGCAGACGGCGCGAGAGUGUUUUCUGACGACAUCUUCAGGCAGCAGGAUCCGAUAACCUUUGAGCCUGAGCGCCGUUAGGAUCCGGAAUUGAGAGGCGACCUCAACCCACUUAAGUGCACUUCGACAAACGAGAAGAUCCACAAGCCCGGUCCCAGCAUAAUAACAUAUUCCUCGAGAGGGGCCCCUCACCAUGGCAGCACCCGUAGACCAACGGAUCGCCGUUCCCAUUGAUGACCCCAACGCCGACACUGAAUGGAAUGACAUUCUCCGCAAACACGGCAUAAUCCCGGAGAAGCCGCCCUCCCCUACCCCGCUCAUCGAGGAGGCCAUUCUGGAAGCGCGCCGGCUGGCGCACAAGAACCGCCUCGAAGGCAAGGACCUUUCCGACCUCUCGGAUCUCGAAGACGAAGAAGACGAGGCCUUUCUCGAGCAAUACCGCCAGAAGCGCAUCCGGGAGCUCUCGGAGCUCCGGCAAAAGUCGGUCCACGGCUCCGUCUACCCCAUCUCCAAGCCCGACUACGCGCGCGAGGUGACCGAGGCGUCGCAGAACGGGCCCGUGCUCGUCAACCUCACUUCGUCGCAGGGCAGCAACGUCGAGUCGCGCGUGCUCUCGGGUCUCUGGCGCCAGGCGGCGCGCGAGUACGGAGACGUCAAGUUCUGCGAGAUGCCCGCCGACAAGGCCAUCGAGGGCUAUCCGGAGCGAAACUGCCCGACAAUCCUGGUCUACAACAAAGGUGACAUCGUCAAGCAAAUCGUCACCCUGGCGACGGUGGGCGGGGUGCGCAUGAGCAUGCUCGAUCUGGACAAGAUUCUCGUCGAAGUGGGCGCGGUCAAGGAAGAUGACUUGCGAGUGGUCAAGCGGAGGAGGGCAGCGGAGGAUGCCGAAGAGGAAAACGCCGCGGGUGGCAGCAGGGGUAUCAGGACUAGUAGUAGGGUUGCGGCGAAACGAAAUGACGACGAUGACGACGACGAUGAUUGGGACUGAGCAGCCGGCCCGUUGGGACUGGGUGACUCACUCGGCGCGAGCUUACCCCGUAAGAUCGCGGGCUCGUUCCAGAGAGCGCAGGGCUAGCCCGGCGCAGUCCAGCCGAAGCGG